UAGCGCGCGUUAGACAUGUCGUUCACGAAGAGCACCAGUUACGACUUUUGGCAGACUGCGUUGAAUGGGGCGCGUUUCGUUAUGGCUCCGAUGGUCGACCAGUCCGAGUUAGCUUGGAGGAUGCUAGGUCGACGACACGGAAUUCAGCUUUGCUACACGCCGAUGCUGCAUGCCGCUGUAUUCGUCAGAGACCUCGCCUACCGACGCCAGUUCUUUACAACAUGUCAGGAAGACAGACCACUUAUUGUACAAUUUUGUGGCAAUAACCCAGAGACAGUGUUGAAGGCAGCAAAGUUGGUAGAAUCAUCGUGUGAUGCAAUUGACUUGAAUCUUGGUUGUCCCCAGUCAGUGGCAAGACGAGGUCGAUACGGAGCAUUCCUUCAAGACGAAUGGGAUAUAAUUCAUAGCAUCGUGUCUACACUGCAUCGUGAAUUAUCAGUUCCUGUUACUUGUAAAGUGAGAGUAUUCGAGGACAUCGACAAGACCGUGAGGUAUGCGCAGAUGUUGGAGAGAGCCGGAUGUCAGUUAUUGACAGUCCACGGUCGAACUCGAGACCAAAAAGGCGUCAACACGGGUCUUGCUAGUUGGGCUCAUGUGAAGGCAGUAAAAGAAAACGUGUCUAUACCAGUGUUUGCCAAUGGCAACAUACUUUAUCUCAGUCACGUGCAUCGGUGCUUGCAAGAGACGGGCGUGGAUGGUGUGAUGUCAGCAGAGGGUCAGUUGUAUAAUCCCUCCCUGUUUACUGGCGACAGUCCAUACUGUUGGGAGAUGGCUGAAGAAUAUCUAGAAUUAGUGGAGAAGUAUCCAUGUCCGCUGUCUUUCACGCGAGGACAUCUCUUUAAAAUGUGGCAGCAUACAUUGGCUAGACAUCCGGAGUGUCGACAUAAGCUUGCGAAAGCAAGAAGUUUUGAAGAACUCGUUGAAGCUUCUUCUGAUUUGAAGGCCGCAGUUUUACGAUCUUCACUGCCAAGCGAUGAUGAAGAUAUAUCACCCGGUAAUAUUCCAUACUACAGAUGUCAACCAUAUAUAAGACCCGACAUUUUGAGACAGCAAGGAAUUAUGAGAAAUCUUGGAGAUGAAGAAACUAGUGACAAAAGUGAGAUAAAGAGAGUGAAAAUUCGUUCCGAAAGACGGCAAAACAAACAAGUCUCUGUGGAGAGAAAGAAAUAUCAAAAGUGGAUGAAAUGUGAACAAUGUAAAGCCAAUCCCCGAGGUCGUGAUUGUUCGCACUAUCUUUGUUCGAGUUGCUGCAAGGUAUAUUGUGCAAAUCGAGUUCUUGACUGUGCUGGCCAUCGUCUUAUAUUCAAAUCACGGCAUGAACAAAAGCAGAAAGACUUACAGUUGAUUGAUGUCUGUCAAUCAGAUUGUAGGGAUAGUUUGUGCGACCGCAAGGAAGACAAUAGAAACGAUCCAGGUGAGCAAGAAAUCACUCCUUUAGCGUCAUCUCAGACUGAGACAUUUAGCUGUUGAACCUAUUUGAGUUCUGCAACUGCUUUAUUUAUUGCAGCUAACUAAUGAUACGAUAAGUGUCACUGGUUUGUGCCCAUUUUUAUCAGACAUAGAUGAUUGCCUGCGAAGAGGAUCCAUUAAAUGAUAUUUUUCAACACAACAAUUAAUCUCGUUGUCAAACAGAUAACUUACUUAAUUAAUAAUUAAUAUCCAUUCCAUCUAUGCUGGAGGCACAAUGUUUUAACCCAUGGCCGCAAAAUUUCUCUAUUUUGCUUUGCAUACAUAAGCGGAUACAAGCCAGGUACUGGGGGCGGGGACAUUAGUGCCCCCCCCGUUUGGGGAACUUUCUUCUAACUGAAUUGAUCUAUCAGAGUCAUUAUAUUGGUACGUACUUUAAUAAAACCAGAAGGCAAUGUCUUCAAAUCUGAGCCUACAGGGUCGUACAACUAUAAAACAUCUUGACCUAGUACCGUGUAUCUAAAAUAGCUG